CAACUUCCGGGUUUUAUUGGAAAAAUUGGCGGUUUGUGUUUCACAGCUCCCGAUUCUAAAGUUUGAGAAAUUAACUCAGCCAGUUGAAACUACAUGUAACUACAACCUGGUUGGAUCUUAUUACGCUGAAUUUAGCUGCUUCUCGGCGGUCUUCUGCUAUUUUUAUCCCGUUUUGUUAUAUGUAAGUUGACGAACACAGAACAAUCUAGGAAGCUAGUGGGAAGUUAGCUAGCAGGGAGGGUAGCUGGCUAACUAUUUUCAUCUCGGAAUAAUGGCGACAGUGCUGCAGAAGAAGAAUGGACAGUAUCUGUGGUUUGCUCUUCUCGGGCUGGGAUUUCAAGCGGACAUUACAACGUCGUCCUUCGCCGGCAAAGCCAACGUUACCGUUAAACACAUUAACGUGGGGCCGAAUAUGUUUGACAAACCAAACAAAGAUGCCUUCUACAUCGUGACCCAUUUCUUGCUGGAGAAACUCAACCCGACUCGAUUUCACGAGGCAUACAGACACUGCUGGCCUGUUUUGAAUCACAAAGCAGAUGCUGAGUUCCGCAAAAUUACCUGUGCUUGGCUUCGAGAAAUAAUGGAUGAAGCUGUGAAUGCUGGAUCUAAAGUGGUGGCGUCAUUGUUUCUCUCACCUGGAGGCCCCAAGUUUACCAGCUUGAUGCUUCAUUUGACCAAUCAUGUCAUGCUGCAGGAAAUGAAGACAUUCACCACAGAUGACAGUUGGAUUCCUGAGGAUGCAGCGACGCCUGCUUCCACCUUGGAUAUGGCAGUUAAGAGAUUCAGUCUGAUCCGUACGAGGUUUUUGAAAACUGCGGUGGAUCAGGAUCGUUUUCUUCACGAGUACCAGAGACGAGCCCAGCUUCUGGUGAAGUCUAUGAGGGACAUCAGAGCAGAUGGUGCCAAGUAUGAUGAGCUACUUAAGCGUCACAGCAGUGAUUCUACACAAGAGGGAGAUUCUCCAGCUGAGAAGAUUAAAAAGGUGCAGUUGUUGUGGUCGACCAUUGAUGGAAUGCUGUCGACGAUCAAAGAGGACAAGAAUGCAGUGGAAAGUGUUUUGAAGGGGGAUGCAGAUCAAUACAUUUUGGACGGGAUGGAUGGAGUCCUCAGAAUUCCUCGUUGUCUGCUGGAGAGAAUUGAAAAGCUUCCACAUCAGUUAAGUUCAGGGAAUGUGUAUGAAGGCGGCCAGCUGAACCUCCUGUGUGUGAUGGAGCUGAUGAACUAUGCAUCACAGCUUCUGAAAGAAGAACGUUUCCAGGUCUCUCAUGCCCCCAAAGCCCAGGUCAGUCCUCAGCAACUACAGCAGAAAUGUCAUCAGAUGGCCCGGAUGCUGCAGGACCUUCACCUCAUCAGGCAGAAGAUUUCUAAGGAAGAAAUUCCUGAAGUCAGGAAUGCCAUCAGAGAGCUGGAGGCAGACUGGGAGAAGAAGUGGAUGGAGACUGUGAAAGAAACUCCCCUCGUCUCUUUUCUGAAUGAAGAUCCUGCUCUUGGCUUCCUCUCUCCAAUGGCUCCACUGUGUUUUGAACCAGCAGCUGAAGCUAGUUACAGAAGUAGCAUCUUCUCCCAGUACCCGGCUAAACUUCUUGAAGAGAAGCCUGCAGAGGGUAAAUCACAGGAGGGUGUACAUCCCAGUUGCUCUGUCAGGAGUUCCUUCCUUGCAACAGCUGAGAGGCCUGGAAGUCCUGUUGCGACCAUGGAAGCACCACGAGCAAACACAUCUCUCGACUGGCUUUUUGACACGCCUCCAUCCCCUCCUGUUAGGGCUCCACCUGUACAACCACCACAGGCCAGUGUGAAAAAGAGCAGCAAUGUUCAUGAGAAAGUGGCUCCCGUUAAGACCAAGGCUCAGAUAAUUGACUUGGAAUGUGACAACCUUGCUGAUCAGUUUGCAGAUGCUAUAGCUACAACCAGUCCAUCAGAGGACAGCGUUAAAGGUUCGGAGUUGGAGGGCCUUCUGAGCUCUCUUCAAAGAGAUCCUUUCUCUACUAGAAAACAGCUGCCGCGUACUCCUGAAAGCUUGAUUCUGGAUGUGAAAAGCUCCUGGAGAAAGGCUGUGGAGGAAGACAACGCUAAGAAAAUCCAGCAGUCAGCUGACUUUGACGGCAGCAUAAUGAGGCGCCUCAGUCCCCUCCCUGAACCCUGCAGUUUGCUGCUGAGCCCCGACGCCGCCUCGCAUAACGUCUCCUGCAGCGUCACCCCUGCUGUGAUGCUCCACGGAGGCCCCCAUGCUGACAGACAGGGGGCUUUACUCAAGUCCAGUUUUUCAUGGGACACUUUUAACGCAGAGCCCUUGGACAGUCUGAGCGGCAGCAGCUCGGUCCAGUUCUCCCUCCAACACGAAACUCUCCCUGAAAUGCCGAGUUGCGACAGUCUGCUGAGCCUUGACGAUGAAACUGUAGAUAUGAGGAGUGAAGAUGAGGAGUUGCUGAUCCCAUUGCUGAAAAUUGAAUCGACUCAGUCACCGUUGACCACACGUCAUCGUCAGGCCUCACUGAUGGAAAAGACACCCGAGUGUCUUGUGUCUGAUUACAAGGGGUCGGACAGAGACUGGCUGAUGGAACCUGCAACAACACAACCCACAGACAAGGUCUUCUCACUGGAUCUAGAUGCUCUGGAGACACACUCGCCUCCAAAGAAGCAGGAGUACAGCCUCCCCAAACUCAUCACAUUCUCCCCAAUAGAUGACAUGAAGUGUUAACGAUUCUUACCAACUAUUCUGCUGCCUCUUAAGUUGUCUGUUGUGAUUUUAUUAAUACUUGUAUAUAGCUGGAAAGUGACUUACAUUUCAUGCACUGGUAGUUUUCUGUGUUUAUUGAUUUAAAUUAAUAGACUGAACAUGAACUGCUUGAAUAAAAUUAAAAGGUGAACUAGUGAUCGACCGAUACGGGUUUUUCAGGACCGAUACCGAUUAUUAGUAAUUAGAGGAGGCCGAUAACAAUAUUUGGAGCCGAUAUUCAUUUGCAGUAAAAGUGUAAAAAUUGGUGUAAAAAAUUUGGAAUAAUGCAACACUGAACUUUGUUUAAAUGCCUAAAGCAUGUUUAUUUAAUGUAUCAACACACUUGACCUAAAAUUGCAGGAAAAAAUACAAAGUCCGAGUAGGAAAAAGUUAGAUUUUUUAAAAAUUUUUAUCGUGGACACCAUAAGCACGUGUAAUGAAUCCUUUUCAGAACUUAUUCUGUAAAUAUAAAUUGUUUGCGUCAUAAAAUAAUGUGCAAAUUUAGCAGUCAACACAGUUGUAUGCCACUAUUUGCAUUAAAAUGCAGGAAAUUUUUAGGAGCUUUUGCACAACUAUUUACAAAAUCAUCAGGAGUCACAAUAAAAUUUUACAUAAAUGAAUUUGUGCCACUCCAAAAAACUUUUUCUGUCCACCACAGUCUGCAAUGGCAGAAACAAUAGCAACGGGCUUUAGGACCAUGGGGAGAAUCUGGAGUCCUGGUGUUCUCCAUUGCUAGAAUAUGUUUAUUAUUAUAUUACAUCUGAAGCAAAGUCUUCAUUUUCUGUGCAUCUUGUGUCUUCUCUGUCUGGCAGAGGAGGGUGAUUUGUGGCCAAAGCCAGUGAAGGAUGUGCUGCUCUCUGAGCAGAGCUGGGAGCUGCUCUCCCAAAGAGUUAAAACUAACAGUGUAUUACAGUGGUUGUGUGAAAAUGGAACAAUGUCUAGCUGUUGUUGGGAAAGACCAAUUUUUCAAGUAAAUUCAGUACUUUUUUGCCUUGUGAACACUAGCUGUCUGUUCAUUAAGUUCACACGCCGCUUAGACUUCGAGUUAUUUAGGAUUUUGAGAACUGCAGAACCAGUAACAUCUUCUAAGUCAUUACUUAUAGCAUAUCCUUAUAUAAAAAAAAAAGUCUUUUUGUUUGUUUUUGUCCACCCACUUAGGCAUCAUCUUCGAUGUUAUUGUGGAACCACCAAGUGUGGGUUCAAUGACUGAUGAACAUGGACACCAGCGGCCAGUUGCCUUUUUGGCAUACAGAACUGGAGGAAGCGUUGAAGCUGCACGACGCACCGAAUGUUGAGAAUGAAAGCAGUAAAAGAAAACUGCCGACUGAUGAAAACGGACACCAGUAUGGUUUAAUACACAGCAGAGGGAGCAGUCAAGGAGUUUCUCAGCAAACCACUCAAAACAAACGCCUCAAGACAUAAAGCUGCCUGGGAACAAACACUUGAUCUUUAUCAGGAAAGAACUGAUAAAGGACCGUAUACUCUCUGGAAAAGGAAUAAAAGGUGCCUUAGCAUGAAAUCUAAUGAAAAAAAUCUUAAUAUACUGUAUAUCUAUGAGAUUGCAGUGUCUUCUCAGGUAUUGUUUUUAAAUUACUCUUAGGAAUCAAGCUACUUAUUGAGCAUAUUAACAUGUGUAUUAUGACUUGGUGCAGGUUAUUAUGCAACUUAUUAAUCUACACAACUUGUAUUUAAAUUUUUGCCAAUAUUCAUGUGAUUUUUUUUUAUUGAAUUACAAUUUUAGUACAUAAAGCAUGUAUGUCAAAAUAUGCCAUGGUGCCUUUAUGUGAAUUUAGCCUUAAAAUGCAGCUUUAAUUGUUAUAAAGCAUGAAAUACAUGUGUUAAACAAAUGCCACUGAAAUAAAUCAAUAUAUGUAUGUAA